AUGAUUAGUGAUCAUUGAUUCUUGUUGUUAAUUUAUUGUUUCUAAUUGUGAAAGAGUUUUUGUUUUUUAAUUUUGUCAAUUUUUCCAUUUUUCUGUUUAUUUGUGUUGUAUUUUUAUUCUAAAACUGUGUUAUGCCUUCACACCGAAGUCCCACCAGAUCGAGUAAGUCUGGUAACAGUAAAAGCCGAAAAUCACCAGACCGGGAACGAUCAAAGAAACAUAAACACCAUAGAAGUCAUGAAGAUUAUGAUGAUCAUCAUUAUCACCAUCAACGAGAUUCCCAUAGGCAGCAUGAAUCAUCAUCUAGAGAUAAAUCAUCGACUGUUACAAGUAAUAGUAGUAUAAGAAAAUCUGAGAGCUCUUCUUCUUCGAGAAAACGGCAAUAUUAUUCUUCUGGAGAUGAAAGUCCUGAAAGACGAGAUGAUGGUAAAAGGUCUAAGGUACGAUCAAAGGAGGAUAAAGAUGAUGGUCGUGAAGGUACCAGUAGAAGGAGUGAUUCUCAUCGAGAUUCUGUUAAGGUAGCCAAGGAAGAUAAUUCAAAGUCUGAUCAUCAAAAAGGUUUAGCUGAUUUAGAUAAUGAUGAGGAUGCUGAAGAUGCUGCUGCUUGGGUUAUGAAAAGCCGUCAAAUUGAAGAGAAAAGACUUGCGAUUGAAAAGUUAAAAGCUGAAAGAAAAGCUCGUAUGUUGGAUGAAAUGGACAAUGAGAUUGAUAAUCAAGUUGCUGAUCGUAAACCAAAAAAUAUCAAUGAACUUUACUCUGAGAAAGACUUACAAGGAUUACAAGUUGCCCAUUCAGAGAAAUUUCUCAAAGAAGGUCAUCAGUUUAUCAUGACACUUAAAGACAAGGAAGUUUUAGAUGAAAAAGAUGAUGUUCUUGAGAACGUUAAUCUGGUUGAUCUUGAAAAAGCCGAAAAGAACAUGGAAAAUAAAUUAAAGAAGAAUGAAUAUCGUCCAUAUGAUGAACCAGAAUUUGAUGAAUUUGGUAUUCUCAAGAAGAAGAAUAUCCUCGGAAAAUAUGACGAGGAAUUAAAUGGAGUGGAAAGAGAGACCUUUCAAAUUGGCUCAUCUAUGGAUCGAGAGAAAGAAGCUGAAUUGAUUCGUGAAAAAUUGCGACAACAAGCCGGUGUAAUAUCAUUGGAUACACCUUCAUUUAAAGUGGCCUCUGAGUAUUACACGGAAGAGGAACUGGUCAAGUUUAAGAAGCCAAAGAAAAUACGAGCCAAGCUAAAAAAGGGUAAGAGAAAAAAUAUUUCUGAAAGUAUAAUUUCUUAUGAUUCGAGUGAUGAUCAUGGUUCUAGAAAGAACAGGACCACUGCCACCGAAACUGCCGCCCCCAUGGAAAUUGAUGACAUGUCACCUUCUACAAGUACAAAAACAACACCGACAGUUGGUCAUUCGGGUUUGAAAUUGGAUAUACCUGAUGAAGAAGAUCAAUCAGAAUCAGACUCAGAACUACCUGAUGUUGAUCUUUCGGGUAUCCUAUUCGAGGAACAGGAAGCUGAAGAAGAAUUUCGUCGAUCUUUGGAAAGAGCUAAGAGAUUGAAGGAAAGAGAUAAUGAAAAGAAAGAGGAAGAAGAAAGAAUCGCCAAACUGAUCGCUGAACGUGAGGCAAUGAUCAAGAAAGAGCAAGAAGAUGACCUAGAAUUACCUGGUACCUCUCAAGGUAAUCGAUCAACAAUUAUUCUCAAUUCAACCGCUGAGUUUUGUCGUAAUCUUGGUGAAUUUUCAACAUUUAAAGAAGAAGAUGGAGAUGAUGACGAUAAUGAUGACUUUGAAAAAGAUGCGAUAGAUGAAAGGAAACAUCAAGUCGAUAUGAUAACAGAGAAAACAAGUGAUGAACCAACCAGAGGAACAUGGAAUGAGGUAGAUAUGGAAGCUUCUGUUGCCUCUUUUGAUUCCAAUGAUGCUACGGCUGAUCCAAUGCAACCCAUUCUAGAAGAAGAGCCUGAUGUUAGUCUUGGAGUGGCCGCCGCUCUUAAAGUUGCUAUGAAAAAAGGUUAUCUUGACAAAGAACCAAGAAAACCCAUCCCAGGAUCGAGACAUUCGAGUCUUCAAGCUCAAAAUUAUACAAUUGAAGAAAAGUUUUACGAUGAAGAGAAAAUGGGUCGAAGAGGUGACCGUUACAAUGGACCAUUAUCCGAUUUCAAAGAAAAAGAUGGCUACAAACCAGACGUUAAAUUAGAUUAUGUAGACGAAAAGGGUCGAAUGUUGAACCAGAAAGAAGCUUUUCGAGUUCUAUCCCAUAAAUUCCAUGGUAAAGGUCCAGGUAAAAACAAAAUCGACAAACGAAUGAAAAAACUUGACCAAGGAGAAAAAUUACGGCAAAUGCAUUCAACGGACACUCCCUUAGGAACCUUAAAGUUAUUACAAGAUAAACAAAAAGAGCUUCAUGCUCCUUAUAUUGUUCUUAGUGGAGCCUCAACAUCAUUGGCAAAAAAGUGAUCAUCUAAUUGCUUCAAUCGACCUUAAUUAAUCUUCAAUAUAAACAUCCCAAAGAGUAACUUGAUCCAUAAAUUUUCACCCUUAAACUCUUAUACCAAUUGGAUGAUCUUUUCUACUGUGUAAUAAUCCUAAUUUCCUAACUAUGUAAAAUAAUAUUAAUCAACUACAAACUAAAUCUAAAAACCUUUUUGUGUACAAUUAAUUGUCAAAAAUAUAAAACAAGUCAAUCAUUUA